UUGCCCGUAGCUGUGGGGUUUGGGAAUGAUGCUUGCUUCGAUGGCUGCCACGUGUUAUUCUCAAAAAGCGUCUCUUUUUACUCCACCUCGGCCUCAGCCAGGAACAGCCCAAGCCCACCCUGAGAAUUUUGAAUGGAUUUCCCAAGAUCCCUCGGUUCUUGCUUCGAUCUACGCAUUUAAUUUGUUUAGGUCAGACGCCAAGGUUUGAUUUCCUGAUCAUCCUCCUCCGGAAACUGUCAAACAGAUUCUGUCACCAAUCUCAAGUUUGCACGUCUGGUGCCUGAUGAAAUGUCUUCAAUAGCUAUGCAAAAUAGGAAAUGCGCAUCUUUUGUUUCUGUUUCAUUUCAACCCGUGGGAAUGAGACCCACUUAAUUGUGAAGGAGAGGGGGCAAACUGUUUUCAAGGUUUGAACAUGGAAGAAUUUUGUGGUGCUGAUGAUAUUAUCUUUGAAGAUAUUUCUGGUUUCAUGCAAGUUGUAGGGCGACUGCAUUGUAUCAAUCAUGUGAUUUUUAUCUUCUAAAGUCAACACCAUGAAGAGGUCAUUUCCUUGGGAUGAUCAAGUUGAAGUCUCAUCAGCAUCAGAUGAAUCUUCUUCAGACUCAGAGAUGGAGGUCAGUAAUGGUAACGAUACCAAGACUGCUAUUGACUUAACAGUAUCUCACAUUGCCAGAGAUGUACUGUCUGAAGAUUUAUUGAUCAGAAGAGCAGCAAUGUAUCAGGAUUACAUGAAGCAGAUCCCAAUCCCAAGACACCGUGGCUCUGUCAUCCCCUAUACCUCAUGGAUGGGAUUAGGCAGAUCCAUGAAGCAAUUAUAUGGUCAGCCCCUUCAUUACCUCACAAAUAUUCUCCUUAAGCAGUGGGACCAGUUGAGAAUUGACAGUGAGGAUGAGUAUAAGCCCUUGGACGACAUCAUUCAUCCUUGCAAAGCGGAAGCCAGCAUCUGGCUUCUUGAAGAAGUCCAUCGGAAGACCUCUUCUCAUCUUCAUGUUGCGAAACUCUGGAAGGAGGACCCAAUGCACCAUGCUUUUGUUGAUUCCAUUUUUCCAGCAUUAGAAGAAGAACAUCUCUUUCCGUGAUCAUCCCCCCUUCAGUUCUCUGUAUGACUCGAUGCUUAUUUAGCUUAAAUUGACAAAGAGGGAAGUUGAAUUGUAGUAUCAGAUAUCAAAACUCCUCUUUGUAAUUCUUGUUUAUUUUGGUAAAAAUCUCUGUAAUCCUAUUACCAAUAAUCUCCACAGGAGCAAAAUCCUUGCAUGAAAAUAUGGUACCUGUUAUUAUCUCUAA